GUAUAAUAAGAAGUAUCUAAUAAUAUAAUAAAGCAUUCGGUUAUUAUGUUUUCUGCACUGAAGAAGUUAACACGUAGCAAUGAUGAACGCUGCCCGGCUCCUCUACCCAUGUCUUCUUCUUUACAAAAAAAAUUUUCUAGAGGUGUUCACUAUAACAUGAAAAUACUAAUAAAAGGAGACAGAAAUGUUGGAAAAUCUUGCCUCUUACAACGUCUCCAAGGAGGUUCUUUUAAAGAAGAAUAUACGCCAACGGACCAAAUUCAAGUCGCCCCUAUUCACUGGACUUACAAGAAUACAGAUUUUAUAGUUAAGGUGGAAGUGUGGGAAGUUGUUGAUAAAGGGCGCACUAAGAAAAAAGCUCCUUUGGGCUUAAAAUUGGAAAACCAGACUGUACCCAUACCAGAUGAAGGUUUUGAGACACCAGUAUUAGAUGCUACUUUUCUUGAUGUGUACAAAAAUUCUACUGGUGUUAUAUUGAUGUUGGACAUUACUAAACCCUGGACUUUUGAUUAUGUAGUCAAAGAGCUCAGCAGGAUUCCAGCUGAUCUGCCAGUAAUGUUGCUAGGCAAUCAUUGUGAUAUGCAACAUCACCGUCAAGUCCACUCCCAUCACAUUGAACAAGCAUUACAUAAUGCUAAAAUGACAAGGACUGCACCUAUUCGGUAUGCAGAGUCAUCAAUGAGAAAUGGUUUUGGUUUACGAUUUCUGCAUAAGUUCCUCAGUGUACCAUUUUUAAGACUCCAGAAGACAAGUUUACUAGAACAACUGCAAAGAAAUCAGAAAGAUAUAGAACAGAUGGAACAAGAACUUGAUGAAUUUCAGAAAUCUGAUGAAUGCCACUACAAUACAUUUGUGGAGCGACUUGCGAACAAACGCCGUCAAAGUACUGAGACCGAGCCGCGGAUCAACGACCGGUCGCCGAGUAUUGUACUCGGCGCCGGGAAGCCCAUAGUACCGCCUAGUGUUAACCCACUCUUAGCACAAUCGCUAAACGCGCCUCCAAAGCCACCACCUGCUGAAGAGAAACCAAAACAGACAUCAUACGUGAGCCAAGAGCUAAUGAAUCCUAAAAAUAAUCAAGUCAGUAUGGACACCACGCCCUCGCGAAUACCACAGGAUAGUGGUCCAAGCACUCCAUCAGCAACAAACAUGUCAGUAUCUUCUUCGGGUGCUCUUGAUGAGUUUUACGCGGGUACAUUGGACACAAGCUUUCUGGAAGAUCUGGCACCUGUUAAUACCACACAGGAUGCACAGGAAGACAGCGAGAGCGAUGAAGAUAACACCAUAAAUCCAAGGGUUAUCAUAGACGAAGACGACCUUGACAUAGAUAGUAGUGAAAUUAAACCUGUGGUCACAAACUAUAAUCCAGAUGAGAGUCUUACAGACAUGUUUAAGCAAGCAACAAUAAGUAAAAAAGGGGAGGAAAGUUUAAGAAAUAUGUUCAAAAGUGAGGGUAGUUUGGAAAUUGAGGAUCAAAACGAAGAGUUGUCUGUGGAAGAGGAUAAAAACUUUAUUGUGCCAGAGUUAAGUGAGUACCCACUGUGGGCUGGUGAUUACAGUGCGAGGCGAUCACCUGAAGGCGGCGAAGACCCAGAGCCUAUUGCUAAAGAACCAGAUCAAAAGGAAAAGAAACAUAAAAAGAAGAAAUCGAAGGACAAAGACAAAGGCGACUACAGCGACCGCUCAGAAAAGAAAGAGAAGAAACACAGACGAAAGAAGUCACGAACAGAGAAAAAUGAAAAUAGCCAACAAGGACUUUUGUCCCCAACUGUAGCGGAAGUUAAUUAUGAAGAAUACGAUAGCAUUUAGCGUAAACAUAACUACCUCUGUACAUUUAACUAUAGUCCACAUUAAUCUCUGUCAUUAUAUUUGUUUAGGAAUUAAUUAUAGUAUGAAUUAAUAUAAAAAUCAUUCCCAUUAUAAAUAAUUAUAAAAAAAUCUGUCUAGCACUCAUUUAACGAAAGUUCAAUUUCGUCUCUUUCCGUCAAAUGGUGUUUACGCUGUGAUGAAAAGAGACGCAUGAGUACUUUAGUUAAAACGGUGCAAUAAUUAUGUAUUUUUUUAUGAAUCUGUCGAGAGAAUAGUUAAUAAAUUAAAAUAAUUACUCAAUUUCAUUAUGUUUAAAAGGUACUUUCAUGAAAAAUGCAAAGGGAUUUUUAAUUGUAAAAAGCCCUUUAAUUUGUAAACGACUUACUUCCUUAGUAAUAAAAAUAAAUUUUAAUUAAAACAAUUGGGAAGAAAGAGACGACUAAGCAUUUUAACGGUGGACUUUUUAUAUUAAAACCUGUCCUAAAGAUGUGAUGUUUAUUUGGGAAAAGAGAUCAAGUGGCUACCGCACCCUUUAAAGUGUUGUGUGUGACAAAGCUUAUGAUUUGUAAGCAAAAUUACAUUCCACAAAUAUUGCUUUAUAUGUGUAGUGUGUGUGUGACAGUUUUUCAUGUCCGAAACUGAAAAAAAGUGUCUUAUACAACAGAACAAAAGUUGUUAUUGUGUUUAUAUAAUUUAAACAUUUCGAGAUAAAUGUUUUUUUUUUACUUAUAGGCAUUCUAUUUUUUAAUCAGUGUGUAUUAACGAAUUACCUUUAUUGAGACGUAAUGAAUUUCUUGAAUGUUUCUAGUCAUUUUUGUUUUCGGACGAUUAUUGGAGUUUUAUUGUGCCUUUAUUUGAACACAUUGCUUGAUUUAGCACAGUUUGAAUCUAUAAGUAAUCACUAUAUUGCACUGCUAAUACAAAAUACAUUUGAUAUUUUUAGGUUGGUUGAGUUUUUAUUCGAGUUUCGAGUUGUAUAUUAUAUACAAACCCGUACGACUCGUAAUAUUAACAAAUAGUAUAUGGGGUCCUGUGAAGUCCCACUGAAUUAUGAACGUCUCCUCAAUGAAGACUGAUUUACAGUCUAUGUAAUAUACAAUUUUUUUCGUUUCGUCUGGACUGUUUACGGAAUAAUUUAGUAAUAGCAAUGCAAUGUCUAUUGUUGUAUGUAAUUUAAAAUUUUAAUAAAAUUAUUCUAUUGUUAUUUGGUAUACGUGAAAGUGAAUUAUUUAGGUUGAUGUUGGU